UAGUGACCGUGGUAAUAAUAAUAAUAAUAAUUAUUAUUUUUUAUAAAAUAUGUGCUUUAAAAUGUUUGUAAGUUUAUUCUUAAUGGUAUUUUUGUCAAAUGGAAUUCAAGUAGAGACUUUGGAACAGAAGUAUUCUUUAGAAACAAGAUAUAUAGAAGUACCACUCGACCAUUUUACUGCAAUUGCCGCGCCAAAGUUUUUUAAAUUAAGAUAUCUAAUAAACGCUAAAUACCAUGUCAAAGGAGGACCAGUAUUUGUUUACACGGGCAAUGAAGGGGAUAUUUCCAUUUUUGCUCAAAAUACGGGUUUCAUGUUUGACAUUGCACCUGUUUUCAACGCUCUCCUUGUUUUCAUUGAACACAGAUAUUAUGGACAAUCGCUGCCUUUUGGAAAUGGAUCCUUUUCUACUACAGAAAAUAUGAGAUAUUUAACUACCACUCAAGCACUAGCAGAUUUCGCAUUCGUAAUCGAAUAUCUGAAGAAGAGCUUCUUUGAAAAUGUUAUAUCCUACGAUACUCAUCCGUUCGUUGCUUUUGGAGGAUCAUACGGAGGAAUGUUGGCCGCCUGGUUAAGAAUGAAAUAUCCCUAUUCAGUUAUAGGAUCUAUCUCAUCUUCGGCUCCAGUGUUUUACUUUCCCGGGAUGACGAGCUGUGACCAAUUCUAUGAAAAAGUUACCACCGUUUUCGAGAAAUACGGAAGAGAGCAAUGCGUUAAAACUAUUAAGCUGGCCUGGGAUGUCAUUAUCAAUUUGUCGAAAACGAAACUAGGGAUGGACUUUAUUUCUACAACAUGGAAACUCUGUAGAAAACUAAAAGGCCCCGAAGACGUUGAAAUAUUAUUGAAUUGGUUAUCAAAUAUAUACGUUAAUCUGGCAAUGGUCAACUAUCAUUAUCCAACGGAUUUGUACGCACCUUUACCAGCUUACCCAGUAAAAGUAUUUUGCGAUAAAAUAACCACUUCUUACUUCAACGAUACCAAAGGUUUGAUAGAACAUUUUAGCCACGCGUUAGAGAUCUACACCAAUUACACUGGAAAACGAGUAUGUAAUAAUAUAAAUAGCACAUUCGAAGAAUACGCUGAACUUGCUUGGGAUUACCAAAGAUGUACAGAACUCGUUAUGCCAAUAUGUUCAACUGAUGCUGAUAUGUUUAUCACGAAACCAUGGGAUUACGAGAAAUAUUCUUACGAUUGUUACAAGAAAUAUGGAGUUAAAAGUCUCCCACCUGAUUGGGCUAUUCUGGCAUAUGGAGGGAAAAAUUUGAAAUAUUAUUCGAAUAUGAUCUUUAGUAAUGGAAUGAUGGACCCAUACUCGUGCGGUGGCGUUUUCCACAACUUAUCUGCUACAGUUUGGUCUUUUAAUAUAUCUGAUGCUCCACACCAAAUAGAUUUGAGAAAUUCAGAUGUUGCCGACAAUAACUACGUCAUAGGAGCUAGAUCAUUCCAUAUUCAAGCUAUAAAGCAGUGGUUAAAUAUGGUGUAA